UCGCUAUGUGUUACUGUGCGAUUUCUGCCACCUGCAUAAAGCUAUGUAUAUAUUGACAGAUCCAUUUCAGCUUUUCGAUGUCGCUCUCAUUCAUUUUCCGCACUGUCAAAAUACUUGGAAUCAAAUGAGAACUAACGGGUCACAUAAUUCCAUGCCACAGCGUUGUAACCUUACAAGAUCUUCAGAUGGAGUGGAUUACCACUCAAAAAGGUGCAAAGAUGAGUGUACUUCGUUUCAACCCAUUUGGUCAUUUCGAAAUAGUCUGCAAUCGGUCAAAGUGGCAUCGGCCAGAUUUGAAUCGGCCAAAUUUGAUACUGUUGAAUAUGGCUCCAGUGAGCAUCGAGGUAUAAAUGGCUCGAUCAAUCCCAAGAGACAGUCUUUGAAACAGAAUUCUAUCAUUGCACUUCACUUCAUCGUAUCUUCCGAUCAUUUCCCCAAACUCACUCAAAAGCCAUAGUUUCUAAGAACUCCAAAACUUCAAGAAGAUGGCUGUCACCAACAAAACCAUUGCCCUCAUCAGCGGCGCAAAUCAAGGCAUUGGCGCGGCAGCCGCCCUACGUCUUGCCAAAGAGCACAAUUACCACGUUAUCAUCGGGUCUCGCAACAUCGAGAAUGGAGAGAAGGUCGCCAACCAAAUCAAAUCCGAAGGGUUCUCGGCCGACACAGUUCAAUUGGACCUUCAAUCCGACGAAUCUAUUGCCGCCGCCACGACCUACCUCGCCAAGACCUACGGCCACUUGGACGUCCUUGUCAACAAUGCGGGCAUCUUGUACGACCGUCGCGAGUUGACCACUCGAGAGCUGUUCGAUGUCACCCUCUCAACCAAUGUGACGGGCACAGCAUGCUUGACUGAGUCCUUAUUGCCUCUACUUCGCAAGUCCGCCCAACGACCACGUGUCCUAUUCGUUUCAUCUCGCAUGGGCUCCUUGGCUGAGAGUCUCGAUUCCAGCAGACCUUGGUAUGCAACUGAUUACAAAGCCUACGAUGCUAGUAAGGCAGCUGUCAACAUAUUGACAGCAAAUUACUCGAGAAUCCUCGCCAACAAAGAGGCUCGAGUGAAUUCUGUGUGUCCAGGUCUCGUGGCAACGAACCUAACAGGUUACAUAGCUUAUGGGACCACAACGGAGAUUGGAGCUCAGAGGAUUGUGGAGUUGGCGACUUUGACGGGAAAGGACAGUGACGUUACAGGAACGUUCUCGGACAAAGAUGGAAGUAUAUCUUGGUGAACAGAUGCUGUGUCCUCAGAGCCAAUGCAUCAAGGGUAUAUUAUUAUGUUUCAGAGACAUGGUGGUAGUCUCUAGCAGAGAUUAUCAAACCAUACGCACAGCCAAAUUAAGCAUUACCCCCAAG